AUGGCAGCCAUUGAGCCAGAAGGCUUCGCUUCUAUUGUUCGACAACAAGAAGGUCACGGAAAUGGACUUACACGAGCACUUUCAGCAUCAUCAGCUUUUUCGGAGCGAAGAGCAAGCAGAGCCUACGAUGAUUCCGACGAAGACAAUAAGGAUGGACCAAUUAGUAUGGCCAAGGAUUGGAAUUUAAUGCCCGAGAUUCAAGCUAUGCGAGAACAAGGAGAAAAAGAUCAGGUCAAGAGAAGAGAUCUCGGAGUAACAUGGAAGAACUUGACGGUUAAGGGAAUUGGAGCUGAUGCGGCUAUCAAUGAGAACGUUGGAUCGCAAUUCAACAUUCCAAAAAUCAUCAAGGAAGGAAGAACAAGUGCACCCCUCAGGACGCUCGUCGACAAUGCUCAUGGAUGUGUUAAGCCCGGAGAGAUGUUACUGGUUCUUGGAAGACCUGGGGCUGGAUGCACGACUCUACUGAAGAUGCUUGCCAACAACCGAAUGGGAUAUGCAGAAGUCACGGGCGAUGUCCAUUUUGGAUCAUUGAACCAUACCGAAGCACAUCAAUACCGAGGACAGAUCGUCAUGAAUACCGAAGACGAGCUUUUCUUCCCUACGCUGACCGUUGGACAAACCAUCGAUUUCGCGACCAGAAUGAAGGUUCCACAUCACUUACCUUCAAACAAAAGUACUCCGCUUGAAUAUCAACAGGAGAUUAGAGAUUUCUUACUGAAAAGUAUGGGUAUUUCACAUACUCAUGAGACUAAAGUUGGAAAUGAGUACGUGAGAGGUGUUUCUGGUGGUGAGAGGAAACGUGUUUCUAUUAUUGAGACGCUUGCUACCAGGGGAAGUGUGAUGUGCUGGGACAAUUCGACAAGAGGUUUGGAUGCGAGUACGGCUUUGGAGUAUACGAAAGCUAUCAGGGCAUUGACCGAUAUCUUUGGAUUGGCCAGUAUUGUUACGCUAUAUCAGGCUGGUAACGGUAUAUAUAAUCUGUUCGAUAAGGUCCUGGUUUUGGAUGAGAGCAAGCAGGUUUACUAUGGACCAAAGAAUCAGGCAAGACCUUUUAUGGAAGAGUUAGGAUUCAUUUGUGAUCAUUCUGCUAAUGUUGCCGAUUUCUUGACUGGUGUUACAGUACCAACUGAACGCAAGAUCAGGGAAGGCUUCCAUGACCGAUUCCCCAGAACUGCCGGGGAGAUACUCACUGCUUACAACAAUCACCCCAUCAAAUCCGAAAUGGAAGCCGAUUACAACUAUCCAACCACCGACCUUGCCAAACAACGGACAUCCGAUUUUCGCGAAUCCGUCCAGCACGAAAAGAGUGCCAAACUAAGCGAGCAAUCCCCCCUCACCACCAGUUUCGUCACCCAAGUCAAAGCCUGCGUCAUCCGUCAAUAUCAGAUCAUCUGGGGAGACAAAGCCACUUUUAUUAUCAAGCAAAUUGUCACGCUCAUACAGGCUCUCAUCGCCGGUUCUCUCUUUUACAACGCUCCUGCCAAUUCCGGCGGUCUGUUCAUCAAAUCCGGCGCCAUUUUUCUGUCUCUCCUCUUUAAUGCUCUCCUCGCCAUGUCUGAAGUUACUGAUUCCUUUUCUGGUCGUCCUGUUCUCGCUAAACAUAAAGCAUUCGCUCUGUAUCAUCCAGCCGCUUUCUGCAUUGCUCAAAUCGCCGCCGACAUCCCCAUACUCGUUGUACAAAUAUCACAUUUUUCACUUGUCAUGUAUUUUAUGGUGGGAUUGCGACAAGAUGCCGGCGCAUUUUUUUCCUACUGGGUUAUCGUUUUUGCAGCAACGAUGUGUAUGACGGCUCUUUUUAGGGCUUGCGGUGCUGGGUUUUCGACUUUUGAUGCUGCGGCUAAGGUGUCGGGGUUCAUGAUUAGUGCCUUGAUUAUGUAUACGGGUUAUAUGAUAAAAAAGCCUGAUAUGCAUCCUUGGUUCGUAUGGAUCUAUUGGAUCGAUCCCCUCGCCUACGGUUUCUCAGCACUCCUAGCAAACGAAUUCAAAGGCCAAGUUAUUCCCUGUGUGGGGCCGAAUUUAGUUCCCAACGGAGACGGCUAUGUCGAUCUAGCAUACCAAGCUUGUGCCGGUGUGGGAGGGGCUUUACCAGGAGCCACCAGUGUUACCGGAGAACAAUAUCUCGGUUCUCUUUCCUACUCCACUAGUAACAUUUGGAGAAACUUUGGAAUUCUCUGGGCUUGGUGGGUAUUGUUCGUCGGUCUCACCAUCUACUUCACUAGUAAUUGGAGUUCUUCUGCAGGAAAAUCUGGAUUUCUUUUGAUCCCAAGAGAAAAGGCGAAGAAGAGUGCUGCAAUUUUGCAAGCGGCCAACGCAGGCGAUGAAGAAUCGCAGGUGGUUCAAGAAAAACGUCAGAAAGACUCUCGUCCCGCGUCUCAAGAUACCAAGGUAGAAGAUGAAACUAAUGAUCAACUAAUGCGCAACACCUCUGUUUUUACCUGGAAAAAUCUCACAUACACCGUCAAGACACCAUCGGGCGAUCGGAUCCUUCUUGAUAAUGUACAAGGAUGGGUCAAACCAGGCAUGUUGGGUGCACUCAUGGGAUCGUCCGGAGCAGGUAAAACGACACUUCUGGAUGUACUCGCUCAACGCAAAACCGAUGGAACUAUCAAAGGAUCAAUUCUCGUUGAUGGCCGACCCCUCUCUCUUUCUUUCCAACGUUCAGCCGGUUACUGCGAACAAUUGGAUGUACAUGAACCACUGGCUACUGUCCGUGAAGCAUUGGAAUUUUCAGCACUUCUCAGACAAUCGAGGACAGUUCCGGAGGCUGAAAAAUUAAAAUACGUCGAUACGAUUAUUGAUCUGUUGGAAUUGCACGAUAUUGAGAAUACAUUGAUUGGAAGUACAGGUGCCGGAUUGAGCAUUGAGCAGAGAAAGCGUUUGACAAUUGGCGUGGAACUUGUUUCUAAACCAUCCAUUCUCAUCUUCUUGGACGAGCCGACUUCUGGUCUCGAUGGACAAGCCGCUUUCAACACCGUACGAUUUCUGAGGAAAUUGGCCGAUAUUGGUCAGGCCAUCUUAGUUACCAUCCAUCAACCUUCCGCUCAACUCUUCGCUCAAUUCGAUUCUCUUUUGCUACUCGCCAAGGGAGGCAAAACCGUUUACUUCGGAGACAUUGGUGAUGACUCGAAAACCAUCAAGGAAUACUUUGCCCGCUACGAUGCUCCUUGUCCCGAAUCAUCCAAUCCCGCUGAACACAUGAUCGAUGUCGUUUCCGGUUCUUUGAGCAAGGGCAAGGACUGGAACGAAGUCUGGCUCAACUCCCCCGAAUACGAUUACACCGUCAAAGAACUCGACAACAUUAUUGAUACCGCUGCUGCUGCUCCCCCUGGAACAUCCGAUGAUGGAUUCGAGUUUGCGAUGCCGAUUUGGCAACAAGUCAAGCUGGUCACUCAUCGUAUGAACGUUUCUAUUUACCGCAACACUGACUAUAUCAACAACAAAUUCGCACUCCACAUUGGAUCUGCGCUGUUCAACGGCUUCAGUUUCUGGAUGAUCAAUGAUUCCGUUGCAGGGCUCCAGCUACGUCUCUUCACCAUUUUCAAUUUUAUUUUCGUCGCUCCUGGUGUCAUGGCGCAAUUACAACCCCUUUUCCUCGCACGCCGAGACAUCUACGAAGUACGCGAGAAGAAAUCGAAAAUGUACUCCUGGUGGGCGUUCGCUACUGGAAACGUCGUCUCCGAACUCCCCUAUCUCUGUAUUUGCGCCGUUCUUUACUUCGUCUGCUGGUACUACACCGUUGGGUUCCCAGCCGAUUCCAACAAAGCUGGUGCCGUCCUCUUCGUCAUGAUUUGUUAUGAAUUCAUCUACACGGGUAUUGGACAGUUCGUCGCCGCUUACGCGCCCAACGUGGUGUUCGCCUCAUUGGUCAAUCCGCUCGUGAUCGGUACUCUUGUAUCUUUCUGUGGUGUAUUGGUGCCAUAUGCACAAAUCACCGCAUUCUGGAGAUACUGGAUGUAUUAUCUCAAUCCCUUCAACUACCUCAUGGGCUCUUUACUCGUCUUCACCAGCUGGGAUGCCCCUGUCCGAUGCCGUGAAUCCGAAUUCGCCAUCUUUGACCCCGCGAGCGGUACUUGCGGCGAAUAUUUGACCUCGUAUCUCCAAGGUAUGGGGGCAGCAGCAAACUUAACGAAUCCGGAUGCCACGAGUGGGUGUAGGGUUUGUGAGUAUAGAACUGGAAAAGAUUAUCUACAAGGCUUGAAUUUGGAAACUUACACAUAUGGAUGGAGGGAUGCGGGGAUCUGUGCAUUGUUUGUUUUUAGCGGUUAUGCGUUGGUAUUUUUGUUGAUGAAGUUGAGGACGAAGAAGAGUAAGGGGGCUGAGUAG